AUAAAUGUAAAUAUUAUUAAUUUAAACCUUAAUUAUAUUUUGAAUAUCUUAAUUUAUUAAUAUAUUUUGGAAAAUCUUUGUCAUAAUAAUUAUCAUUGUCACCAUCAAAAUUAUAGGAAAAUUCAUCUUUUUUAAAGAAAAUACAGUAAUGAAAAAGUAAAAAAUGAGAGAUAUUUGCUAAUCUUAAGAAAACUCUAAUUUUGUUCUAAUUUUUUUCGGCUCAGCGCUUGGAAAAAUAGACGAAAUCAAGGUGAACAUAAAAGUUUACUAUAGUUUUUGGAUAUCUCCAAUAAUAGCCGAGAUAUUAAUUUUUCAAAUUGUACGUAUGAGAGCGCAUCGAAAGAAACGCUGAGCUGCUCGAGCUGCCGUCAAUGCUUGACACAGUGGGCCGUGUUAUAGCUCGAGCGGCUCAGCGCUUUUCAUUCGUACAAUUUGAAAAUUUAAUCUCGGCUAUCAUUGGAGAUAUCUAAAAAUUGUAGUGAACUUUUAUGUUCACCUUGAUUCCGUUUAUCUUUCCUACAUGAAGUAUUGCAUACCUGAUGUGAGACACUUUUCUAUAAAAUAUUAAGCUUUUCAGUUUAAAGGUUUUUUGCGUCUACACUUUGAGUUUUUAAAUGUGUGAAUAUCAUUAUGAUUGAUAAACGAUUACAAGCGUAUCGCACGUAUCAACGCUUUCUUAAGAUACUACUGACUAUGAGUGGCUGUUGGCCCAUACCAACAAAAUCCGGCAAGUCUAAAUAUUACUGGUCAUUUUGUACGCUUUUGGGAUUGACCACGUACGUGACAUGUUGCUUGAAUUUCGGUUAUAACUAUAAACAUAAUUUGACAAUUUGCAUGAAAUACAUAGGCAUGGCUAUAUCUGGAUUUGGCAGCUUUAUCAAGGUGACAAUCUUUUUAAUAAAUCGUGACUCUCUGAUAAAUAUGCACCGAACUCUAAAUGAUUUUUUUGAGGAAGAGCUUAUACAAAACAAGAAAAUACGAACAAUAAUAUUUUCGUCCCUACGUAAAGUGUAUAUCCUGGGGUACACAUAUGCCACCAUUAUGACAGCACUGAUCUUGGCGUAUAUUAUGCCUCCCUAUAUCCAUAUAAUCCGCGAUCUCUGUCACUUGCGUUUGACUACGAACUACACUCUGCCGGUCAGCAAGGGACGUGGAUACCCCUGGACUAUUCCCGACAAUUUUUUUUAUCAUCUUCAUAUGCUUAUGGAGACAAUUUGUUCGUGCUUAAGUGCCAUAACAACGAGUGGCGUCGACAGCGUCUUUGGCUUUUAUGUUUAUCAAUUCGCUUCGACGAUGCAUGCCAUGACUUUCAGGUUCACGAAUCCUCUUCCCACUCAGAAGUUUUCGAAUCUGUUGAAAAAGAGCGUUAAAAAACAUAAGAAACUGUUGCGAUGCCGCGGCACCCUAGAACACAUCUAUGGACCCAUUAUCUUUUGGCAUACUGUCUCCAGUGCGGUGCUUCUUUGCUUCUUGAUGUACGAGAUGGCACAUGUUUCGCAUUUUACCAUUAAAAACUUAUCCGAAGUGCUGACAUUCGCUACCGUGAAGCUGCUUCAAAUGUUUAUGUAUGCAUGGGGCGGUACUAUUCUUACAAAUGCGAGCGAAGAUUUUCGUAAUGGGAUAUACUUUGGCGAAUGGUCUAAUUCUGCUCUCGAUUGUCACGUGAGAACAAAUGUUAUUCUGGUGAUGAUGCAAAAACCAAUGACUAUAAAUGCAAUUUUCUCAUCGGUUAAUAUAGCCUUGUUUACUAAUUUCGUGAAUACUACAAUGUCUUACUUCUUCUUGUUGAAAUCUAUUGAGGAUAAAGACGGCUAAAAAUGAACCAUAUGUUUAAAACAUGUUUGGUAAAAACGUAAAAUUAUGACGUUAUAAUCGACCGUAUAAAUCUGAAUAAGAGUUUAUGGUCAACAAGUCACAUCAGCUUUAUCAACGCUCUAAAAUAUUAUUUCUUUUCUAGGAAUGUAAAAAAUAUGAAUGUGAUACUCUUGAGUAAGAAAAUUAAAAGUGUUUUGCAAUAGAAUCUACAUAACAUAGACUUUUUUGUUAUACAAUUUAAAUUAAACAAUGAAAAACAUAAAAUUAUAAAAUUUUAUUGUUUUAAAUAUAUAACAUAUUUUUAUAUGCACUAUAAAUUUAUUGUUAAACACAUAAUAUAUAUAACAUAUUUUUAUAUGCACUAUAAAUUCUUUGUUAUAUAUUAUUGAACAAUGUGAAAAAAAUAAAUAGAAUAAAGAACACAUAUCCAAAGGUGAGGAGAGGACGCCAAUUGAAAAUCAGCAAAAGUGGUGGAAGAUCCAGCUUUACAAGUUCAUCUAUUUUUCAGAUAAAAUCUGAAUUGGAUAAAAUUUUAGUUAAAAUUAAAAUAAUAACUAACAUUUAAUUUAUAAUUGGAAAAUGUAAAGUGUCAAAUUGAAUAAUUUAUAAAAUAUAUUUAAAGUGUUUUUAUUAUUUUUUUCUGAUAAUUAUCAUUGAUGGUGAUAGUAGCUCAAUCUUUACUUUGUUAAAAUACAUUUAUUUGCAAUAAUAUUCGGUAAAAACAGAACAAUCUAAAAUAAAAGAAAUUGUUAAUUUAAAUUUUUUUAAAUUAUAACUGCACAUUAAAAAAAGCAACUUAUAAUACUGUUAUAAUUAAAGUAAUAUAACUUGUUUAAAACACUUGUUUGCGAAAACACAUAAUAAUUUGAAUUUAGAACAUAUCCUUUUUAGCCAAAUGCGUAAUCGAUUCAUAUUUAUGUAUUAUAAGAAUUUAUUACUAUAGUUUUAAAUAGAUAACAAAUUAUUACAAUCUUUAAUUACUGUUUUAUGUAAGUCAAAAACUUAUUUUAUUAAUCAAGUUAGUUAAGUUUAUACUACAAUGUCUUACUUCUUCCUAUUGAAAUUUGUCGGUGAUAAAGGCGAAUAAAAAUGAACAAAUAUAAGUUUUAAAAUAAUUGUUUCAGGAUUACAUUUACAUGAAUAAUUUACGUAUUGAUUACACAAAAUAUUUCUACAUAUAGACACAAACAAUAUAAAUUAUUAUAAAUCGAAUAAUUCAAUACAGAAAAAAGUAAUUAAGUCGGAAGAUUAUUAAUUAAUCUGCAUUUAGUAUUAAUAAAGUAAUACAUAAUACAUAAUAUUAAAAAAUAGAAUAUAAUUUCUCUAAUUAUUUUUGACGAAAUAAUCUUCCUAUAAUUCAUAGAUCAUUAGAUUUACAUUAGACGACAUUAGUGGAUAUUAUUUACAGUAAUGUAGAUUAUUUAUGUAUAUGAAUAUGUUACAAGUAAAAAACUCUGUACAAGUUUAAACGAAACGACGUAAAAAAUAAUUGUAAGUAGCGAUAUAUGUCAGCCUAGUUUUACCGUACGCGAACCGGUAAAGUCGCGGGUAAUAUUAUGGACCGUUUUCAUUAGAUACGAAUUUUCGAGCUUUCUAUUUAAGUUAGCGCAAUUGACGUGCGACCCUUUCUAGAUAUUUUAGAAUUUUUUAGCCAUAGCAUUAGUACCUGCAAUAGUACCUUCUUGUUUAUCAAUUAUCAUCGUUAUUUGUAACUCAAAGAGAUUUUAUGAAAGAGAACAAUGUUUAAUUUCAAGAGGAAAAGAAAGCGUCGAGCAGGCAUCAGUCAACGACGGAACACACAAUGGGCAAAUAUAUAAUUUAUAAAUAUAAUUUAUUAUCAUUAAUCGCGGAAUUUUAUGAAAAUUUAUAUCAAAUGAAAAAUUUCCGUAAAUACAAUGUAAUUUUUAAAAUUAAAUAUCUAUUUAUAUGGACAAAUUAAAAAUUAAAAAUUAAUGCACGAUCUCUGGUGCAAUAUUUGAAGUCUACAUCAAACUACGAGGAAAAUGAAAAUAAAAGCCAUCUUCUCUCACGUCACAUUCAAAAUUUCGAAGAAUUUUUUAAAAAUCUAAGGUAUCAAAAAUAUAUAAACAUAUCUUUAAUCUGAUUCUGCAUGAAAAUUCGUGAAAGCGAAUUUUGUAUCCUUUAUUUGAGCUGAACGCAAAUGUGUAUCCAUGCGCAAAGAGCGAGCAAGCGAUUCUUUGGUGGAAAACUCCGCACAAUUUUUGUUUACGAGGAUAUGUAGAUUGUAGUACAUGUGUAUAAUAAACGGGACGUUUGAUGGUUCUAGAUCCUGGGUUUGAAUCGCUGCGUUCUCGCGUCUCUCGGCUGGUUGACGCUCCGUUCCGGCAUGCCGCGACGUAACGGGGAUUAUCAUCAUUGGAGACACCCUGACCGCAGCGUGCAUACGUAGUGGUGAGUGUCG